CUUUUUCAUUGGCAUGUACAUUCUGUUACUUUCUUCCUAGCCUCACUUAUUUUGUAGUUAUUUACAUUUUACACCAAUGUCGUUCAAACUCACUCCGGAGGAAAUAAGCAGGGUGGAAAUGGCCGCGUUUCUGGGCGUGCACUUGGACCCCAUCGGCUACGUAGAUCUUUCAACAAUAAUGGUUCUCGGCACAAUGUACCUGGUUGAGUUCCUAGCGCUCUGCUACCAAAUCCGGCACCGCAAUUACCCGCCAUUAAAGGUCAAGAACAUUUACGUUAUGACUUUGCUGUACCUAGGAGGAGUAACAUGGCUGGUUGGCGACAUAUUCACCGGCGGUCUUGUUCAUCUAAGCCAAAGCCCUGUUUUGAGAACGUGUAAGCUCACAGUCAUUUGGUUCCGUGUCUGCUUUGGUGCCUACUACGUUACAUCGAUAUUCGCAUUGCGCUGCUACUCUCUAUACUAUAUAUUCCACAAGGGCAUAGCAUUCAAGGGCAAGGUCUCUAUAAUCAGCAUUGGCUUAACAGUAUCAUCUAUCAUUAUAUUUGGCAUAAUCUCGACAUUGGUACCUACAAGGCUGACCACAUCGUAUGAGGAGUUGCUGGACGUCUGUUACACGACCACACCCUACAUUGUCUCCGUAUUGCUUGUCAUCUGGUCCAUCUGGGCAUACACUGCAGUAAUGUCUUGGCGCAUGCGCAAUAUAUCGUUUUGCUUCAACGAAAGGCGGGAACUACUAGUGACAUUCCUAAUCAUGUUUGUAGUCAGUAUACUCAAUACAGUCUGUCUGCUUAUCGUCCCCAUCUAUAUGAUGUCCCUCGGCUGGCGCACCAGCCUUCUGUACAUCAACCACCUCAGUGCUUCCAUGGUAUACUGGGUGGUUAUGUGGGAGCCCACCUACAACUGCAUAUUCCAUCACGAUGAGUACCUGGAGUAUUGGAUUUCUAUUUUAAAGGAAGAUGCAAUGGAGAGGCAGUAUGAGUACCCGGCAACGAAUAGUGAGGAGACUUUUAAUUUGGUUGAGCUUUCAGGGAAUUUGUACAAGGACGGCUAUAGCGAUCAUAUGCUAUCAAAUUUUUCGAUUGCGAGGGCAGAUUAUAACUACACUACAUUAUUCGUACCGAGCACACCAGAUGCGCCACCUAAAGUGUAUUAUAGGCAUCUUUUGUUGUAAAAAUAAAAGGACAUCUUUUUACAAGUGACAUAGAACUUUGCUUAAAUAUUGUGCUUUUAAUUUUAAUAUUUCU